GGAACAAAAGAUGGCGACCAGCACUACGUUGAUAUAAGUUCAAAUUGGGCCCAAUUUCGUGUUCUUGUGUCUGUUGACGAUUUAAAAAAAGGUACUGUUAGAUACCUUAUCUCUUCAAAAUGGUUCUCGCGGAUUUAGGACGGAAAAUCACCACAGCGCUCCGCUCCUUGAGCAAUGCAACCAUCAUCAAUGAAGAGGUCCUUGGUGCUAUGCUCAAAGAGAUCUGUGCAGCUCUACUAGAAGCUGAUGUCAAUGUCCAGCUUGUGAAGAAACUCAGAGAAAAUGUCAGAUCUGCUAUUGAUUUUGACGACAUGGCUGGUGGUUUAAACAAAAGAAGGAUGAUUCAACAUGCUGUAUUCCAGGAGCUGUGCAAGCUUGUUGAUCCUGGUGUUAAACAGUGGAAUCCAAGCAAGGGAAAACAAAAUGUAAUCAUGUUUGUUGGUCUGCAAGGAAGUGGAAAGACAACAACAUGUAGUAAGCUAGCAUAUUACUAUCAGCGUAAAGGAUGGAAGACUUGCCUAAUCUGUGCAGAUACAUUUCGUGCAGGUGCUUUUGACCAACUCAAACAAAAUGCUACUAAAGCAAGAAUACCAUUUUAUGGGAGUUACACCGAAAUGGACCCUGUUGUUAUUGCUCAAGAAGGUGUUGAUAAAUUUAAACAAGAGAACUUUGAAAUAAUCAUUGUAGAUACAAGUGGAAGACACAAACAAGAAGAAUCACUUUUUGAGGAAAUGCUUCAAGUGUCUAAUGCUGUUGACCCAGACAAUGUUAUAUUUGUAAUGGAUGCCACGAUUGGACAGGCUUGUGAGGCUCAGGCAAAGGCAUUCAAAGAGAAAGUCGAUGUUGCUUCAGUUAUUGUUACUAAGUUAGAUGGCCAUGCAAAAGGUGGUGGUGCAUUGAGUGCAGUGGCUGCCACCAAGAGUCCCAUCAUUUUUAUUGGCACUGGGGAACAUAUUGAUGAUUUUGAACCAUUCAAGACAAGACCAUUUAUCAGUAAACUGUUGGGAAUGGGAGACAUCGAAGGACUGAUUGAUAAAGUCAACGAAUUGAAGCUUGAAGACAAUGAAGAACUUAUUGACAAGCUCAAACAUGGUGUUUUCAGUUUACGAGAUAUGUAUGAACAGUUCCAGAACAUCAUGAAGAUGGGGCCAUUUGGCCAAAUCAUGGGUAUGAUACCUGGGUUCAGUAGUGACUUCUUAUCAAAAGGAAAUGAACAGGAGUCAAUGGCGAGAUUAAAAAAGCUAAUGACCAUUAUGGACAGCAUGAAUGAUGAAGAACUUGAUAGUCCCAAUGGCGCAAAGCUGUUUUCCCGCCAACCGGGGCGUUCCACGCGGGUAGCACGUGGCAGCGGCGUGUCUGUCCGAGAGGUGCAAGAGCUCUUGUCACAGUACACCAAAUUUGCUGCAAUGGUGAAGAAAAUGGGUGGAAUAAAGGGCUUAUUUAAAGGAGGUGACAUGAGCAAAAAUGUGAAUCCGUCGCAGAUGGCCAAACUCAAUCAACAGAUGGCCAAGAUGAUGGACCCCAGGGUCCUCCAACAAAUGGGCGGAACCCAGGGCCUCCAGUCCAUGAUGCGUCAGUUCCAACAAGGCGCAGCCGCUCAUGCGAGUGGGUCAAGAAAAUAAUCAAUAGUCAACCAGCCUCAACAAUACAAAAUUUUUUUUAAUAGCUGUUUCGUUUCAAAUACCAUAUCAUAUAUUACACUAGCAAGUCGUUCUAACCAACUUCAACAACAUAGAGCUUUAUAUUAAGUAAUAAAACCCUUUCACUCCCAAGAUCAAAAUAUAAAUUCUCUGCACUGUUUGCAUAUAUUUCUCAUAAUUUUAGCAUAGUGAAUUUGGAAUCAAAUCAAGCAACAUUCCUGGACUGGUAUUUUUCUAUCUUCUCAUUGCCUUUCUGAUGAAAAUGUAUUGGUACUGUAAGGAGAAAAUUCUCUUUGGUCACUCUUGGGAGUGAAAGAGUUCAACUGCUAUCUCAUAAAGGGGUAAUGUAGUACUAUCAACUGUGUUAAUAACGUAAAUCUGUCACCGUAGAAAGUUUGAAUAACGACCUGCUUCUAGGCACUCCCACUUUGUCAACGCGAAGAUUGGCCUGGUAGCGACUUGUGGGUUUCCAAGGGGUUUUUUUUUACUCCAAACCAUCGCUUUUUGCGCCCAAAACAAGGCGCAGUUGAUGGCGGGUAAGUG